GCAGAUGGCCGAAACGGGUCCCCAGCGUCACGUGACUACUGCGGGGAUUCCUGUCACGUGACUCGGGCUCAUGUGACUGACUCGGAUUUUUUUUCUACUUUUGGAUUUGGAUGGAGGACGGGAGUUAGAGACUGACCGGACGACUAGUGCCCGGCGAUGCCUUCUAAUAAGUCCGUCUCCGACGCCCCCAUCGUCCAAUUCAGGAACUGCAGGAUCUUAAGAGACCAUAAACUACAAUGGGAGGAUCUAUGGGUGCGACAAGGGAAGGUCCUUAACCCCGAAAAACUUUUCUUUGAUGAAAAAGGUGCGGCUGACGUUCAGGUGGACUGCCAGGGAAGAAUCAUCGCUCCGGGAUUCAUUGAUGUCCAGAUUAAUGGCGGGUUCGGUGUGGAUUUUUCGCAGGAAACGGAUGAAGCAGGCCAAGGGGUUUCUCUGGUGGCUCGCAAUAUCCUCCCGCAUGGUGUGACCUCUUUCUGUCCGACCAUUGUAACUUCACCCUCAUCUGUCUACCACAAGGUGCUUCCCCAGAUUACUGUAGGAGAUGGAGGACCAGGGGGGGCCGGAGUGUUGGGUAUCCAUCUGGAGGGUCCAUACAUCAGCGCUGAGAAGAAGGGUGCCCACCCACAGCACUGUUUACGGUCUUUCAGUGAAGGGGGCUUCUCAGAGCUCCUGAACACCUAUGGGACUUUAGAUGGAGUCUGCAUCGUCACCAUUGCCCCCGAGAUGGAAAGGAGUGGAGAAGUGAUCAAAGAGCUGGUGAAGCGCGGGAUAUGCGUCUCCUUAGGUCAUUCUGUGGCCAAUUUAUCUCAGGCUGAAGAUGCUGUAAAUUCCGGGGCCUCCUUUAUUACCCAUCUCUUCAACGCCAUGCUUCCGUUCCAUCACCGGGACCCUGGGAUCGUGGGCUUACUGACAAGCGAUCAGAUUCCUGCCGGGAGGACGGUUUAUUAUGGGAUGAUCGCGGAUGGAAUACACACUAAUCCAGCCGCUUUAAGGAUAGCCCAUCGUGCCCACCCCAGGGGUCUGGUCCUGGUGACAGAUGCCAUCACAGCCAUGGGACUUAGACCAGGCAAACACACCCUGGGACAGCAAGAAAUAUUGAUAGAUGGUUUUAAUGCUUAUGUGGCUGGAACUCGCACCCUGGCUGGCAGCAUUGCUACCAUGGAUACAUGUGUAAGACACUUUCAUGAAGCUACAGGUUGCACAGUGGAGGAGGCUUUAGAAGCGGCAUCUCUUCAUCCGGCACAACUUCUGGGCCUGCAACAUCACAAGGGGACACUAGAUUUCGGAGCAGAUGCAGACUUUAUACAACUGGACGACAACCUGAACAUCAAAGCGACCUACAUAGCUGGAGAAGUAGUUUGGAGUUCCUUGGCAAUCUGAGAAUCCUCAGGGGGGUCAUCUUAGAAUAUUUUCUGCUACCGUGCCUUAUUUACUGGCUGAGGGCUCCUUUCACAUUCUUUUUUUUGUGCAUGACCUGAUGACAGCCACAAGAUGUCGCCAGAGUCCUGAUUCUGUCAUGGUGCAUAGCGUCCGUCAUCUAUUUCUGUCCCUGAACAAUCCCUUACGGGGUCAGUGACAGGAAAGGGACUGCUAAAGGAAAUGUGGGCAAUAAGCUGCUAAGCUUUAACAAUCAGAUGAUACUAAAGCCAUCUGUACAUUGCAAUAUGUCCUCCACUCCCAGAUAUUGCCAUAACUAUUACCGGUGGAGGCAGCCAUUUUGUAUCUUGAAAAAAAAUGUUUACACAGUCCUAAAAUGGCCAGGAUUUGAAACAGGAUUACAAAAACAGCAUUUUUCUUCUAAAAACAAAGUCACGCCUGUCCACAGGUUGUGUGUGAUAUUGCAUCUCGGCCCUGUUCACUUCACUGUUGCAGAGCUGCGAUACCAGACACAACCUGCGACAGGGGUGGCGCUGUUUCUGAAAGAAGGGAGCAGUGUUUUUCUAACCUGGUAGAAGCUAAACCGUUAAAGGGGUACUCUGGUAAUCAACUGGUGCCAGAAAGUUAAACAGAUUUGUAAAUUACUUCUAUUAAAAAAUCUUAAUCCUUCAAGUACUUAUUAGCUGCUGAAUACUACAGAGGAAAUUCUUUUCUUUUUGGAUUUCUUUUUUGUCUUGUCCACAGUGCUCUCUGCUGACACCUGAUGCCCGUAUCAGGAACUGUGCAGAACAGGAGAAAAUCCCCAUAGCAAACCUAUGCUGCUCUGGACAGUGUCUGACACGGACAGAGGUAUCAGCAGAGAGCACU